AUGCCACCGCAGGCCACUGCGAUGGGACGUCUGUUAUUAACCCAGUGGCCCCUAGAGAAAAAGAGGGAAGAUGCCAGUGCCUAUAACGCCUCUGCGCUCUUCAAACUAGACUGGGACGGAGACGACACGCCUUGCUGGUUCGAUCUGAAGCCCGACUUGAAGGGUGGGAAGGGGUCCAACUCCGAAGCCUUCACGUUCCUCCCUGACGUAGGGAGUCAAGCGACCUUCGGCAUAGGCUCCUCCAGCACCGCUGCGGGAACAUCAUCACUAUCAACGAGCACUUCGGCCACGACGCAGCAGACUACUUCAGCCACCACGACUGGUAAUGGAGGAGGAGUAGUCGGCUCUGCGACGAGGACAAAUGUCAUCAACACCGCUACCGCAUCCACCUCCUCAUCUACUUCAGCAGGCACAGCGACGGGGGUGCCAUCAGCAGAGCAGUCGACUUCAACAGGCGGCCUGUCGACGGGUGCACAGGCGGGUAUCGGAAUAGGCGUCGGUAUUGCGGGCAUCGGCGUGGGCGUUGUGGCUGCCUUGAUGCUUCUUCGCCGAAGACGGAGAACACCGGAGCCAAGUGAGAAGAAGUCUGACCCGUCGUUUGGUCCAACGACGGCUGGUGGUAAUAGUAUGAUGUCGCAAUCGGCACCGUCGCAAUAUUACGGAUCGGAACACAACUCGGCUUCUCCCGUCUACGGGCAAUCGCCGGUCUACGGGCAGCCAGCCGAGCUGCAGUCGGCCGUCCCCAACGACCCUUCGAAGUACGCUUUCCACAUGCCGCAACAAACGACCUACCAGGUCCCUGUUGCAUCCACACCGCAAGAGCUGGGUGUCGAUGGGGGUCGCUAUGUUCACGAGAUGCCCGCAUCAGGAUACCGUUGA